AUGCCGUCUCCGAUCCCCGCGACCCGCCUGCUGCCCAAAGACCUCUACCCGUCUCCGGACACCGGCACCUGCAGCAGCCCUCUGGCGAAAUACUCCGGCGACGCCACUUUAAAAGUUCCCGUGCACAACUUCCCCAGGAGAGCCGCCGGCAGACUCUGGUCCUCCGUCGUGCAGUGGAAAGAGCUGAGGUCCAUGCAGCCCAUCGGCUCCGGGGGGUUCGGCUCGGUGUACAAAGCUCGCUACCUCGGGGAGACGGUUGCGGUGAAGACGGUGAAAAAGUGUGCCAAGAACAAGCUGGCGUCCCGGCAGAGCUUCUGGGCGGAGCUGCACGCCGCCGACCUCAGACACGCCAACGUCGUGCGCGUCAUAGCCGCCAGCGCCUGCGUGCCGAGCACGCUGGAGCACGAGAACAGCAUCGGCACCGUCGUGAUGGAGUACGCGGGCAGCCGGAACCUCCACAGCGUCAUCUACGGCAGCACGGAGGCAAUAGCGGCGGACCGCUGGCUCGCCUACGCCACCGACAUCGUCCGGGGCCUGGGCUUCCUCCACUCGCACGGCGUGGUGCACCUGGACCUGAAGCCGGCCAACGUGCUGGUGUCCAAGGACGGCGUGUGUAAAAUAGCCGACUUCGGCUGCUCGCUGAAACUGGACAAGGCGUGCGAGGGCGGCGGCGCCGCCGCCGCCGCCGCCGCCGGCCGCCCCCCGUCCCCCGCCGGCGGAACCUACACGCACCGGGCCCCCGAGCUGCUGAAGGGGGAGCGCGUCACGGCCAAAGCGGACAUCUUCUCUUUCGGCAUCACCCUCUGGCAGCUGCUGGUCCGGGAGCAGCCCUACACCGGCGACCGGCAUCACAUCCUCUACGCGGUUGUGGCGCACAACCUGCGGCCGCCGGUGCAAGGCAAGCCGGCCUUCCAGACUGGGCGGGGGCGCGCCUGCGAGACUCUGGUGUGCCGGUGCUGGAGCGGCGACGCGCCCUCCCGGCCGAGCGCGCCGGCGCUGCUGGGGCACCUUGAUGAAAUGCGCACCCACAGCUGACACUUGCUGCACCGAUUCGCUUUUCUUGGACUUUUAGGAAGGGGGACGUUAAUGGCGGCUGGUUGUUAAAGGUAUUUUAAAGUGCAUAUAGCCUGCAGGACGGUGGACCAGCCAGUGGCCCCGUGUUGUAUCGGUGCAGUGCUUCCCAGUCCUGGUCCUGAGGCACCACUGGUACCAUUCUGCCGGGUACUUAAUGGCGUUCAUGUGUUGUUUCAGGUCUAACAGCCUCCUGAGUCACUGCAGCGACAGGGUCUGUAGUGAACUACCUGUUGGGAGUCAGUAGUAGGGGUACCUGAGGACCAGCACCGGAUCGCACUGGUGCAUGGCCGGUAGUACUCAACCAUGUACAGCUGAGGGCCCGGAGGGUGCAGGUUUUCAUCCCAGCAGGACUCCGGGACAGGUGGUUUCCCUGCUCGGUUGAAGGCGUGCUCAUCGGUGACGUCGGCUGGCGUGCGGUUGGAAGGGAAAACCUGCGUACGGUCUGCCCUGCCUGGCACGCGCCGAACCCUCCGACCACGCCCAUUAAAUUCCCCCACCCUGGACUGCAGGUCUAAUUUUCUCUGUACUUGUCAGUAACAACUGUGGUCUUUUGACAUUUAGUCAGUUGUCGUUUUUAUUUGUUAACUGUUAAGGAUGUUGUGAGGAUUUGCAAAUGUGUUUUACCCAGAUUGGUGUGUUUAA